GGAUCCAUUCCCCGAUGUUUGGCUCAGCUCCAAGCUCCCCGCGGUGCUUGCGUACAAUGUGAGCAUGUACGACACGCCGACGCUGUACACGGUGUCGCAGUCGAUUUUGGGCCACUUUGCAUUCUCGCCGGUCAACAUUUUGGCGCCCGCCAUUGUGCAGCUGGACAACAUGCCCCCGAGCGUGAUCGCGCUUCUCGACCGCGCCAUCGAGUGGCUUCACUACGAUCGAUCCUUCGCGACGACGCGCGGUCUCACGAGCUUGCUCCAGCUUCUCUUGACGCACGACCGCCUCGGUGCUAUGAACCCGCUCUGGUCCCGGAUCGGCGUCGUCAUUCCGGCCAUCUUCCAAGUGGUGACAACGACGACCCAGCAACUCGACGCCACGACGCUGGCCGUGUUGGACGCUGCAGUGACCCUAAAUUUCGACGGCUUUGUGAUGGCGCUCACGGCAGACUCGGACGAUCUCGACCUGCUUUGCGACGAAAUUUUGGAGCGAGACAGCAAUGGCGAGCCAACGCUCUACGUCGAAAUCCAACAUCGUCUCAUGGUCCACACCGUCGAGUACCUCGCCCAGGACCCGGAACACCCGCGGACGCUCCCAUACAGCACGCUGCAAGGCCUUUACCGUCGCUGUGACUCUCCGGAUUGGGCUUGGGUCCUUGCGCCGCUCGUCUUGAGCCUUCCGGAGGGCAACGACCAGAAGCUCGCGUUUGCACACAAGUGCAUCGACCUGCUCACUCGAGCUGUGGAUGACAACCCGUUCGUUACGAACUCCCACUGGCGUCAAGCCAUCGAGCAGCUGCGCAAUGUUGUCUAGAUGCCAACAGUUUCACGACUAACUACUCAACACGAAUACUUUUUGCGUGCGA